GGAAGAGAAAGAAGCAACAAUGGCCGAGUCAGAGUGUCAAGAAAAUGUGGAUGAAGAAUAUUUGAACCGAUGUGGCUAUGGCAGAUGGCGGCCGCAGUUUUUACAAUGUUUCAACUCUCCUAACUGUCUGGUGUUUUUUAUGGGGCUAUAUUCUCUUGUGCUAGGUAAACACAUGAUUAAUAUAAGAGGGACAGCAUUCAAGCCGUGUGAAGUAAAAAAAAAAAAUAGUGGCACAGGAUAUGUUUAGGCUUAAAAAGAAAAGACAGGACAAUUAAAACGACGUUUUGGCUAAAUGCCUUCUUUGGCAGACAAGACAAAGCAAUAAAAGGCAAAGAAUUAUAAAUAAAAAAAACUUAUGUUUUCGAAGAUCUCAAUGUUCAUGUUUUUACCAAACCAUGUUUUUACUAUUUCAUUCAUACUAGCAUUUGUAUUGCCUUGGCAAAAAAACAAACAAAAAACAAGGAUCAUACAUACUAAACAUUUCCCUUCAUGUUAAAUUUUCAUUUUGCAUAUUUAUGUCAUCCAACACACAUUUCUGAUGAUAACUGCAAAGCGGCAAACACCUUUAGGACAAAAUUGUUAAAUAAUCCAAAAUGAUGUCAAAAUUUUAAAUGCAUUUAUUAAUUUCAUAUUUGUGCAAAAAGUACACUUGCUUUUAGUGCAAGAGAAAAAAAUAACAACCUGAUGCAAAAAAUAAAUACUUCUAUUUGAAUAAUUUUUAGACUUGAUGAACAAAGGAGCAAUAAUAUUAUAGAAUUGCCUAAAUCAACAAUUAAGUAUAUCACACUGAAUAAUCAUACAAAUUUUAGAUCUGUUAAAAAAGUAGUUCACUAUCACAAAUUUGAUCACAUAAGGUGGCCAUUGUUUACUCUCAAAACUUUUAUUUUACAUUUCAGGUUUCAUUGUCAAUGGAGUCCACAAUGUAAACAUUUCCUCAAUAGAACGCAGAUUUGAUUUAGACAGCACCAACCUUGGCUUUGUGUCCAGUGCUUACGAUGUGUCAGCUGCUCUUCUUGCUGUGGUCAUUGGAUACAUGGGCUCAGGGAAACGGAAACCCCGGCUCCUGGCCUUUGCGGUGUUCACAUCUGCCGUGGGAUCCAUCACCAUGGCGCUACCACAUUUUCUAGCAGGGCAGUAUCAGCUAGGGAUGGCCACUGAGAAAAUAUGCGUGACGGGGUCCAGUGCUAACUUAAACUGCACAGCUGUUCAUCAUUCCUCCUCCCUCAGCAACUACUUGUACGUGUUUCUCUUCUCUCAACUGCUGCACGGCAUUGGGGGCACAACCCUGUUCACCGUUGGAAUCUCUCUUAUGGAUGACAGUGUCAUGCCCAAGAAAACACCACUUUAUUUAGGCAUAAUCUAUGGCUGCAAUAUUGUUGGGUCGGGUUUAGGGUACAUCAUUGGUGGACAGCUACUGAACAUCUAUGUUGAUUUCGACACUGUUGAUAACAUAAAACUGACUCCCGGUGACACGAGAUGGCUAGGUGCCUGGUGGCUCGGCCCAACCCUGGCCUUCUGCCUGCAGCUGGUGGUGUGUGUGCCGAUAUCCUUGUUCGGAUCCGAGCUGCCCGGCACCAAAGAAGUGAGGCUGAACAGGGUCCCAGAGGCGCACACUGUUGCACUUAGUUCUAACUCGAAGUUCAAGAACAACAGAUUCGUGACUACUACAAUGACUGUGAUUAGGAAUCCAUGUUUUGUUUUUAUCACCCUGGGAAUGACAACAGAGGGGAUGUUCUUGUCGGGCUCUGCUGCUUUCCUGCCAAAGUUUAUAGAGAAUGAGUAUGGUAUACCUGCGUCCAAGGCAGCUGUUCUAUCAGGUGAGGCUAAAACCCUUUCAGAUACAUUUCAGAUUUUUAAAACUAUUUAUAAUGAGGCCUAAAAAUGCUAAUGUUGCACUCUUUUAUAAUGAGCCCAAGAAAAAAAUACUAAUGCUGUGCUAUUUUAUAAUGAGGCCCAGAAAAAAAUACUAAUGUUCUACUAUUUUAUAAUGAGGCCUAACAAAAUGCAAAUGUUACUCAGGAAUGGCUGUGGUACCAGCUGCUGUGUGUGGACUCAUCAUGGGAGGUUUUAUAGCCAAGAGAUUCAAUUUCACUAUUCGACAAGCCAUCAAGUAUCUGAUUGCGACAAGCUCCGUUUCAGCCCUUGCUUGUGCUGUUGUGUGGAUACGAUGUCAGCCCAGUAGCAUAUAUGGAGUUAGUAUACCUUACGGGAAAGAGUAAGUUCGAAGACGAUAUUAAUCUUAGGCAUUAAAUGUGAAACAUGAGUUUCUUUUACUGCCAGUGUCACUAUAAUUUAACAAAAUAUCCAUUAGGAUUUUAAAAAGUUGAUUUAUGAAAAAUAUACAGAAAUAAUACACAGGCUGUGGCGAUUUUUUUUCUGUCUGAUCCCAACUAAAUCAUUAUGUCACACAAAAUUCUAGUUUUGGGCUAAAUUUUAUCUUUUUGCCACAAUCUAAAUAUCUUGGCCCCUGAAGUAUAGCAAUGCUAAAUAUCAGUCACUGAAGUAUAGCUAUGCUAAAUUGAUGUCAUGGCCUCUGAAGGAUAGCUGUGCUUAAUAUCUUGGCAUCUGAAGGAUAGGUUUGAAUUUCAUCAAAUAACCAAAGAAAAAGGUUUUCUAUAUCUGUGUCAGAUAACAUAACCACUGAAUGUUAGUGAUGGUUUAGCAACUUAUUAACAGUUAGCAGGGUUGGGAGCUCAAGGGCCACUCACCCUAGGCUAGUGGUUUCAAAUUGUGCUUCAUGGAGCUCUUAUUUCACUUUUCAGGGGCUCCACAACCCUAUGUUAAGUUGUAAUAAAAAGUGUAGGACGUCCCCGCCCCCCCAAUUGAUUCUAAAAAAAAAGGCUUCGUGAGUCUCAAAAGGUUAUGAACCACUGCUCCAGUCUAACCCAAUUUCCUAGGGGAAUAUCUUGUGUUACUUCAUCCUGGUUGGCUUAAAAAGCAACCAGUAAAUUCUUAUUGUACUGGUAAGCUCUUGCAGCCAUUGUCUAGAAGGAUAUAGAUAAUGCUAUGGGAUAGUGUGUAAUUUAUAUUGUAAUGAUAAGCCGUUGAGGCUAAUGUCUCGGAGCCAUAAGAUAAUGCUGUAUGGUCUUGUAUGUUUGAACAAACAUAACUUUUGUUGUUGUUGUUGUGUGCACAGGGUGGUAGGCAACUAUCCCAUCAAGUUGGAUGUGCAGUGUAACAGCCUGUGUAACUGUGACACUGACGCGUUUGAACCAGUGUGUAACAAAGACACCAGUCUUUACUUCUCACCCUGCUAUGCUGGAUGUGUCCUGCAAUCAGGGAGCACUGUGAGUUAUACAUAAACUUAAUUUCUUAAUCCACUUAGAAUUUAUUCAUUUCAGUAAAUAAUAAAGUUGAAAAUAAAGUCCUCUGACUGGUUUUUAAAUUAUGGAUGAGUAUGAACAAUCAUUCUAUUAGUAAUGUGUUUUGCAGCUUAAAAGUUUUGUUUCAAAUUUAUAAUUAGAAAUAUUUUUGAAAUAUACAAACAAUUCUUUUUUAAAAGGGAAAAGCAUUAUUUUUGGAAAAAAUUUGAGUUAAGAGUAAAAUAUAGUAUUGUAAGGUUUUUUUAGAAUGUAAAACAUUGCCCAAAUUUAGGAUACUCGCCCAAAAGGCCACUGGUCCUGAAUGAUGAUCAUUAUUUGCUUUUAAAUGAAUGAAUUGAGUCUUUGGGUAAAUCAAUGAUGAAUAUACUACAUGGAAGGCUCUGAUUAAAUCAGUGAUGAAUGCUCAACAUGGAAAACUCUGCUCCAUUUUUUUUCAGUUCCACAACUGCACCUGUGUUGAUGUCCUGAAUGAGGUGACCAAACUUGUGAUUCCUGCCAGCCGGACGCUCAGCACAGAGAACUGUCGCCAGCCCUGUCACCUGCUUUACCUGUUUGCUGUGCUGCUCUUCAUGUCAAUGUGUGUCUCCUUCAUGCCUAUAGCACCAGGGGAUUCCAUACAACUGAGGUACAGUUAUCAGUGGCAACAGUGCAUGAUGAGUUCAGUAACAUGGGGCUUGAGGGAGAAUUUGAAAUUUUCUCUGCCGACACGAUACAUUAAAAUAACAGAUGUAUUUAAGUAUUAAACAUAAAAAAAAACUCAUGGGGCAUGCUUAUGGGUUUGCUAAUUAUGCGAAUAGUAUGUUUAUGUCAUGCUAAUAUUAUGAUAAUUAAUUGUUGACAAUUUACAGGUGUGUGCAUGAGGACCAUAAAGUCUAUGCACAGGGAAUCAAAACACUAAUAGUGCGAAUGUUAGGUGAGUAGAAGAGAUAAUCAAUUAAUUGCCAAAAUAGAUUUGAUGUUAGAUACCAUGUUUAUUUUUAAAGGUGCGAGUUUCAAAUCUGGGAUAUGUUGGAGGGAUUUAUUUUUUGGUUUGGUGGGUUGGGGAGUGGGGGGGGGGGGGCGCCUGGGAAAAACCAGUUCAAAGGGGAAACAAAAAUUUAUCAAAAUAGAUUUGAUGUUAGAUACCAUGUUUAUUUUUAAAGGUGCGAGUUUCAAAUCUGGGAUAUGUUGGAGGGAUUUAUUUUUUGGUUUGGUGGGUUGGGGAGUGGGGGGGGGGAGCCCAGGACAAACCAGUUCAAAGGGGUAACAAAACUUUAACCUUAAUAAUAUUCUGUAUUUAUAUAUUCUACUUACGUGUAGAUGUUAUUUUAUGGAAAAGUGUCCUGCUAGUAAUUAUUUUUUUAAAAAGGGUUGCAGUUACAUACUUUUUGUUAGUACUGUCUUAGGAAACAAAUCAUAUUUUGUAAACCACUGUCUAAGAAAUCAAUGAUAUUUUGUAAACCACUAUCUUAGGAAUCAAUGAUAUUUUGUAAACCACUGUUUUAGGAAUCAAUGAUAUUUUGUAAACCACUGUCUUAGGAAUCAAUGAUAUUUUGUAAACCACUGUCUUAGGAAUCAAUGAUAUUUUGUAAACCACUGUCUUAGGAAUCAAUGAUAUUUUGUAAACAACUGACAUAUUUAUAGCUUGUAAUACUGUCAGCUUUCCCAAAUGAAACCUGUUCUUUUUGUUCCCCUUGUUCCCUUCUUCUCUUGCAAAAGGUUCGUUUGUGGGACCCAUCUUAAUGGGUAAGUUACUGGACUUACAAUGUGAAACCUGGCGUGAGAAGUGCGGCCAGAGACUAUCAUGCUGGCUGUACAACCAUGACAACCUGGUCCUCAGCAUCUACCUGUACGCGGUCGUCCUCAAAGGCCUCUCAGUAGUUUUCAGCUGUCUGGCGUUAAAGUUUUAUCGCCCUCCAGUGUGCAACCAGGUUAUUGUUAUUCAGGUAAUUCGUAACAUGCUAACAAAAUUACGAGGUCAAUGCACAUGACACAGUUUUCACAUGUGGUCACCAGCACUAUAUAUAAAUUCUAAGAAGCAUUAUAUUUUCUCUAAUUUUUGUUGCCAUAAGUUGGGCAAAUUAUCAUAUUAAGUCCCUAAUCAACAUCAGGCUGUGGAGAUUUUUUUUCUGUCUGAUCCCAACUAAAUCAUUAUGUCACACAGACACCAGAUGUACCUCAUCAUGAAGAAAAAGAUGGUCAGGAAGCCGAAGAAACACACUGUUCACAUAAAGAAAAUUCAUCAUUUGACGAGGCCAAUCAGCCAAUGGUAAGUGCGCUGUCACUUUAUCCAAUCAGAAGUGAUUUCAUUUUUGGAACACUGAAAAUUCAGUCACCAGCUAAAAAUAAAAAUUAUUAUCAAAUUGAUUCAAUUUUCCUAUCAUUAUACAUUAAAAAUGAAAUGUUUAUCCAAUAUGGCAGUUCAUUAGUAAAAAUCAGCUUCUAUAUAUAUACUUUGUUUUAAAUUUUAAAUUUUUUUAUGCUCUGCAAGAAAUGAUUCUAAGUGGUGAGUUAAAACUGAUAGAUGGGGCAUGUCAGUUAACUGUCCACUAAUUUUUCAGCUGAUAGAUGGGGCAUGCCAGUUAACUGUCCACUUAUUUUUCAGCUUAAUAUUUCCAUUUAAAUGUGUAUGAGGGAUGGCCGAAAUUAAUUCUAAAAAAGAAAUGCAUUUUUAUUUCUUAAAUGAAUGAUUGUAACAAGAUUAUUGACAAAUUAUCUUUUCUAUUCAUCAUUAGAAUUUUUGUCUUUUGAAAUAUUGGAAUAGUUUUUAGUCAUUAUUAAAGUGUUGUUUUUUUUUUUAAAUCUCAGAAUUGUUUUUACACUUACUGUUGCUGCAUAAAUUUAAUAAGAUAGUUAAUAUAAUCUGAAUUUGGAGUACCCUUUAAAAAAAUUGAUUGAAAAAGUGUGGAUUAAAAAAAAUAUAUUGACUUAAAUAUCAACAAAUUGAUCCAAUUAAAAUAUUCAAUAAUUAUAAAUUAUUUUCUUCAAUGGCAAAUAGUGAGGAAAGCUAUUUUACUCCAUAACUAAACCAGCUGCGGGUUAAGUUACUUAUUUUCAACAUAGAUUUGCUUUUUUUUGCACAUGUGGGUUCCCUGGUCCAGCAUUGCUGAUCUGUGAACUUUGUUUAAAUGUGGCCUGCAUGAUAAAUUGUGGAUGAUAUUUUCAUUGCAUGUACGUGGUGAUUAUGUUGUUUUAAAAAACCCUCUUAAAGCGACCAUUAUGUUUUAAAAGUUUUGCAACAACCAUUUUCAAAUGACCACAGGGCAUGUUCAUUUUUUUUUUUUCAAUUUUAUGGGACAUGGUAAAAAAAAAAAACUAUUUUUGUUGUUUUAAAAAACCCUUUUAAAGCGACCAUUAUUUUUUAAAAGUUUUGUAACAACCAUUUUUAAAUGACCACAGGGCAUGUUCAUUUUUUUUUUUUCAAUUUUAUGGGACAUGGUAAAAAAAAAAAACUAUCGGGAAGCUUGAAGUAAAGCUUUUAUUCUUGAAGCCAACUUCGGCUAAGUUAUUUUUAAAUCUCUACUUUGGUUUUGUUAUGUUUGUAGUGAAAGACUUACAGCUGAACUGUUAAUUUUUUUGUUCUGUGUAUGAAAAAAGACCUACCGCUGGUGUGAAUUUUGUUCAGUUUUUAGAAAAAGACAUAAAUCUGAACUGUGAUAUUGUUAAGUUUCAUAUUUCGAGCUUUUCCAUUGUCUUGUUCUUUCUGUUCCCUUCACACGUUAGUCUCCAAUAUGUCAUCCUAAACUUAAAAAAAAAAAAAGAAUUGUACAAACUAUGAAGAGAAAAGCACUUAUGUAAUGACCCAAAGAUUCCCCAGUAUUCUCCAGGGUUGGUUCAAAUUUGUCUGAUCAUGAGCAGGAGAAACUCAACCCUGAUAAUAAUGCCAUGCAAUAGAAUGUUAUACAAUAGGCUCAUGCCUCAUGGUCAUAUGGCUUAGAGCCAACUUGACAUUAUCAUAGUGUAACAGUCAAGCAUAGAUUUAUGACCUAAGUCAUAGAAACUUAGUCAUAUGGAUAUUUGAACUUACUUUCUCAGCUUCAUAGUAUUAUCAAGAUUAUGUCAAUAAAUGUGUCUAAAAAAUUUAUUUUGAUCUUGAAGAUUUGUCUCAAAAUUGUAAACUUAAUUUUAAUGAGUUUGCAGCACUAUGGGCAAUAAUGUUUUGUCAUUAGCCACACAUGUGGUCACGGCCGAAUUUCAUAAAAUAACUCAAACAUCUAAUGUAUAGACUCAUCAUUGGAGUGAAUAUCGUAGAUUUUGUAUAUCCACUAUUCAACAUAAAAAAAAAAUAAGGAGAAAAGAUUUGUUUUUCUAAUUGCCAUUUAAGAAGACAUUCUGGCUUCUUUCCUUUUUACUGAUCGUUAAAACAGAAGGGUUUAAAACUGUUAUCCAGCCCCUAGAUUAAUAAAGACUAAAGAUUGUGUCAAAGAAAAAGUAGAUAAAAAAAAAAAGGUGGUGCAUUUAAAAUAUUCAGAAUGGCCACAACUUUUUGUCUGAUGGCCACCUGUUGGGUGGCACACUGCCAAUCAAAGCUCAAAUUAUUUAAAUGCACACAAAAAUAAUGUACCCGAUGAAUGAUUGUAUAUAACCCAAGCUUGUGGUAACCCAGGUAACCCAAUGAUGUUUGAGAAUAUUCAAAGCUACAGCUGGACAUUGGACACACCUGUUGUGGCCCAGUGUUGAUACAAAUAAAAACAAAAAUCCAAGAUUCAGUUUAAACCAUCUAGACUUUCUUUUGGCUUUUGGUUAGAAUUUUCUGACAUCCUAAGGCGGUGUUGCUGAUUAAAAAAAAACCUUUGUGAUUAAUCAAAUGAUUCGUUUGAUUCAACCCUGUGUAGCACCUAUCCUACUGACUACAACCCUGUCUAGCACCUAUCAACUGUACUGACUACAACUCUGUCAAUCACCUAUUCAUUUGAUUCAACCGUGUGUAGCACCUAUCCUACUAAUUGCAAGCCUGUCUAGCACCUGUCAAAUGUACUGACUACAACUCUGUCAAUCACCUAUUCAUUUGAUUCAACCGUGUGUAGCACCUAUCAAAUGUACUGACUACAACCCUGUCAAUCACCUAUUCAUUUGAUUCAACCCUGUGUAGCACCUAUUCGUUUGAUUCAACCCUGUGUAGCACCUAUCCUACUGACUACAACCCUGUCUAGUAACUAUCCUACUGACUACAAGCCUGUCUAACACCUAUCCUACUGACUUCAACCCUGUCUAACACCUAUCCUACUGAUUGAAACUCAUAUGUCAUCAUUCUUUGUCACUUUGUGUGUACAAGUUUUCAUAUUGAUCAUAUGGCUUCGUUAUGAUCCUGGGUACCACUGCUAAACCAUAGUGUUGCGCACCGAGCUAAAGAAGUUAAACCCUAUUGAUAUACCCCUGGCCUUAUAAGUUAAAGCCUAUUGAUACACCCCUGACUAUAUAAGUUAAAGCCUAUCAAUAGAUACCUGGCUAUAUAAGUUAAACCAUAGUGUAACAUCACUGGCUAUAUAAGUUAAACCAUUGUGUAACACCCCUGGCUAUAUAAGUAAAACCAUUGUUUAACAUCACUGGCUAUAUAAGUUAAACCAUAGUGUAACACCACUGGCUAUACAAGUUAAACCAUUGUGUAACACCCUUGACUAUAUAAGUUAAACCAUAGUGUAACACCUCUGGCUAUAUAAGUUAAACCAUAUUUAUACACCCUUAGCUAUAUAAGUUGAACUAUAGUGUAACACCCCAGGCUAUAUAAGUUAAACCAUAGUGUAACACCACUUGCUAUAUAAGUUAAACCAUAGUGUAACACCACUGGCCAUAUAAGUUAAACCAUAUUGAUACACCCUUGACUACAUAAGUUAAACCAUAGUGUAACACUCCUGGCUAUAUAAGUUCAAACUAAUUUAGCUAAAUCUGAUUUUAAGGUUACCUUACAUAACUAAGUUAACUCUCUUUUCAUUUUCUAUAAUUCAGCUUCCAGGAAGUGUGCACAGUUCCUAGAAGGAAGAAAAACAUUCAGUAAUGACAUCACCUACUCCAUUUUCAGUAAUGGGUCCAAUCUAGAACACUAACAACAUGUCUAAAUAUUUGAGAGCAAAGAAGGCAUUUUUAUAACUCAUCACUGAUUGGAUGCAGUAAGCUUUAUCAAGAAGUGAUAUCAAGGUAACCGCGACACUUCAGAAGUAAUUUUUUUUCUUCAAUUUGCUCAGUGCUUUUGGUUUCAGUCAAAGAAAUGAGCUGAUUAUUAGACAUCAUGCAAAUAUACAUAGUUUGACAUAUGACAAUAAUAUCACUGUUGAGGCCAUUCAUAGUAUCUUCUCUC